AUGCCCCCCACAGCUACCUGGCAGACCAAGCUCAAGGUCCAGCUGAAGCUGGCCAUUGCGCGCCUGCGCAUGGUGCAACAGCGGGAUGAGCAGCUUGGAAAGACGCAUCGCCGAGCAAUGGCGCAGCUCCUCGAGGCUGGCAAAGUCGACUCAGCAACGAUCCGCGUCGAGAACAUCAUCCGCUCCGACAUCACCAGCGAGCUACAUGAGCUGCUGGAGCUCUACUGCGAGCUAUUACUUGCGCGCGCGGGGCUUCUAGAGGGCCCGGUAUGCGACCCUGGAUUGGAGGAGGCUGUCAAGAGCAUCCUGUACGCGGCACCCAAGACCGAGAUCAAGGAGUUGAUGACGGUGCGGACGCUGCUGGCGGAGAAGUACGGCAAGGAGUUUGUGUUGGCGGCUAUGGAUAAUACAGACGGCAAGGUCAACGAGAAGGUGGUCAAGAAGCUAAGCGUAGAGGCGCCACGACGAGAGCUGGUGACGGGGUAUCUAGAAGAGAUUGCCAAGGCAUACGGCGUGGAUUGGCCCAGAAGGGAGGUUUCCUCGCCACCUCCACCGGAUUUGCUGGAUGAGGACCUUGAAGGCAAGGGAGAUGGGGAUGGCGAUGGAGCGGGAGGCGGCGGACAGGCUCAGAGGAACGAUUUAGACAAGCCCCUCACUGAGGCGCAAAGGAAGCUCUCUCUGGGCGAAGAGCAGAUGAAUCGAGCAACACCGCCGAGCGCGAAGCUGGGCGAGCCCAAGAGCCCGCUAAUGGUGACGCCGCCGCGGAUGACGACGGACAACGUGCAUCCCAAGGUGAUGAUGGGAUCUAUCGAACUGAAGAGCAAGAAGGACGAGGUGCCGGUGGUGAGGAAGAAGUCAGAGCCGGAAGGGUCAGUACCGGAUAUCGGAGAUUUAGAGAGACGGUUUGCGGCGUUGAAGAAGAGGUGA